AUACAAGCAGCUUCCCCUCCACCUCCUAUGAAAGCGGAAGCUUUGAUGCGUUCCCCUGCCGCCUCUUUGUUGCGCCUAUAUAAAUAAACAAGAGCACAAGUUACACAGCCACCCUCAGAGCAUACCAUUCUUCAUUUAUUUUUUCUUGGGAGCUAGAGAAUUAGCCUUCUACUUUCAUUACUUGCAGCAAUUGUUAUUACUCGAGCAAUGGACGCUUCCCAACUAGUCAGCAGCUUAGUCAUACUGCAAAAAGAAUCAUCAAACGCUAACCAAUCCUUUUCUCCAUUGUUUACAAUGGUUCAUCUUGUCCUGUCUGAAUUGAUUUUUAGUAGGUUCAGUAAUCUUCAGAAGUUCUUAGCUAGAUUUUGGUUCUUUCUCCAAUCCCAACUAGGCCUUGGCAACUCAGAACUUUGGGAAGAUGAUGAUGGAAACCAAGACUCUGAGUUAUCAAAGCAAACCCAGGAGUCUUGCUUUGACAACAAGAGACCAGACGAAAGGAGUAUAUGCAGAGAAGAUGUGGAGAUGGUGAUGGAAAACCUGGGACUUUUUUGCAGCAGUGAAAGUGAGGAACUUAAGGAGUGGAUGGGCUCUGAUGAGAUUUCGCAGCUGUUUGAUGAGAAGGAGCCCAGCCUGGAGGAAGUAAAGGAAGCUUUCAAUGUUUUUGACCACAACAGAGAUGGUUUUGUUGAUGCAAGUGAGUUGCAGAGAGUUUUCUACAAAUUGGGAUUGAAGGAAGGACUUCAGCUGGAGAAGUGCAGAAAGAUUAUCAGAACCUUUGAUGAAAAUGGAGAUGGAAGAAUAGAUUUUAAUGAAUUUGUAAAAUUCAUGGAGAAUAGUUUUUGUUGAAUACAGCUUAAUUUGUGAAUUAUUAAUAACACAGCAAACCCAAAAUCCAGCAUUUAUUUU